GAAAAAUGGGAAGCCAGAGGAUGAGGCAUGAGCCUGGCUAGGAGGAUGGGAACGCCAGCCGUGACGGGGAGGGCAGAAGGCCUGCCUGUUUUCCUACCAAGUCCCUGUCUGGGGCAGAUACACAUGGGUAUGGCGAGCCGUGGGCUAGGGACUUGGUUAGAGGCUUACAAUUGUUGGCUGUGCAACAGUAAGCUUAGUUAAAUGAAAGCAGAGAGUGGAAAGCAAUACAGCUGUUAAAACGAUGAUAGAGGUAAAUGUUUAUUGAUUUAGAAAGAUGUUCACAACAUAUUGUUGAAAGAAAAGCAAAUUACAAAAUAAUUGGUGCAGUCUGGGCUUGUUUUGAAAAAAAUGUAUUUAUUUGUAUAGAAAAAUCUGGCCAUGUUUAUCUCCAUGUGGCAAAAGUAUGGCUAAUUAAAUAUUUAUAUUGCUUAUAUGUGUUUUCUGGUUUCUCUACAGUGAAUGGGUAAUAAAAAUACUAAUAAUGAAAGUUUGUACAUCAACUGCAACCAGAAAUGUCUUUCUUUUGUCUCUAUGCACAAAGACCCUUUGAAAGAGCAUAGCAAAGAUCUGAAAGACUAGUGGGGUUAAAACGAGACUUGGGCCUACAUCAGGAUCCCAGGGAGGGGCUUGUAGGACAGUCGCUGGAGAACUCCUUGGCUGGUAAUGAAACAAACUUACAUACACAGGAGGUGUGGUGGCUAUUCCUGAUUGUCAAUUUGACUAUGUCUGGAAUGAACUACAAUCCAGAAUUGGAGAGCACACCUGUGAUCCAGAGCUUAAGGCUGGAAGACACAGUUUCUGACCCGGAUCUUGGCAUGGAGAUCUUGAGGCAUAGUGGCCAUGAAAAGCUUAGACCCAAGCAAGGUAGUACAUGCCUUUAAUCCCAGAAGACUCGGCAAGGAGAUCUCUGAGUUCAAGGUCAGCCUGGGACGAAGCAAGUCCUAGAUCCAGGUGUGCCAGCACAUCUGUUGGAACCUACUUCUACAGAAGACCAGCUGAAACAACUAGCCUCGUGGGUGGGACUGAGCAACUACUAGAUCCUUGGUCUUCCCAUCCACAGCUGCUCAUUGUUGGGUUAGUUGGACUACAGACUGUACAUCAUCACAAUAAAGUCCCUUAAUCUAUAGAGGCGUUCCAUAAAUUCUGUGACUAGAGAACCCUGACUAACACAGGAGGGAUUCUCCAGCGUUGCUGACAAACCUUUCCUACCCUCGUCAUAUCUUUUUCCUUCAGAACCACUCUGUUUAUACCUGGAAAGAUGGGCCACUCCUAUUCUGUGAGAUGUGUCCUGAGUUAAAGGCUAAUCUCUAGUAAGGCUCUUCCUUUAAAGUCCCCUACUCUUUACCUUCCCAACUUAUAGAAGUAUGAAAAGUCACCAGAGGCAGAAGGUGGUCUCACAAAUCUUUAAUCCCCAAAGGGUAGUUGGCUUUCUGUGAAUUCCAUACCUGCUUGAUCCACAUAUGAACUACAGGGGGACAUGAUGAGGUCCAGUCUAAAGGUCACUGGCAACCUCUCUCAAGAUCUCCCUCACUAUGCCAUUAUUCAGGAUUGGGGAAGAUGUGGCUGGAGCCUAAGGGGCUCUUCCCUUCCCUAUGGUGGGACUCAUUAGGAGAACCUCAGCAAGCAGCCCACUGUAAGCUCAAACAAAUACCAUGUCGCUGGUAUGGAGUAUAGGCUGUUGCUAUGACAGGAACUCAGGGGUCUUAACUGGCUUGAGCGCUGGGAGGGGGCAAGCAGCCAGGCCUUGUCUGUAAGCUGAAGACCUGGCAGUGCUGAGCUGGUCAGCCCCCAGGACCUCCUUUUGUGCCCACGAGUGACUCACCUUGGCAUAGACAUAAUGGUCAGGGGUGGGCACGCAGCCUGCUUCCCGCUGUGCUCCAGGCCUCCUUCGAUGCUUUCCGAGAAGUCUAUUGAGCUGGGAGCUUGUACUGCACCCGGGGCUGACAUCCUGGCAUCCUGGGAUAAAAGCAGCCCACGGGGCUGCCCUUGCCAUAUGCCUCACUGGCGGCAGAGAACAAGGCUCUAUUCAGCGAGUACCCUGGAGUAGACACCAGAAGCCCAAGCAUGGGCAGAGGAAGGCAGGGGUUGGGGGGAGCAGAGCUGUCUGUGUUCCAGAAGCCCAAGGACACAGAUGGCUAAGGCGCCUGGGAGAGGGACCUGAGUGGAAGAGAUAGAUGGGCCUGAAGUCUCAAGCAGCAACAGCCUCCUCCCCGCCAUUGGUGAGGGUGGGGUUUGGUUUCCCGGACCUACAUAUCCCUCAGAGGCCUGGUGUGUAGGAAUUUAAAGGGGGUAAAUCUCCUGAGAGAAUGAGGGGUACCCAGGAAGACGGGGUGUUACAGAAAGAAAGACUCCAGCAUGCACAGCCAACUCAUUCAAAACUACUCUGUCAGGGGCUGCCAGGGGCCAGGCUCGGGGUGGGGGGUGGGGGGCAACGAGAAGCUGGAUCAGGGAGAAAUGGCCCACUAGGCUGGAUAAGAGGCCACAGAGGGGCUCAGGAAUGAAGCCUGCUGUCUUACCCUAUUAGGAUCUGCGUGCAUACCUUCUGCCGUGCACUCUAAACACACAGCCAGAGGCUCAAGUUGACCCUGGAGUCACAGAGAGGGCUCCAACCUUAGCCCUCCACUCCUGAACUCCAGGAAUGAGAAGAUAGAGUUGGAGAGAUUCAGGGGAGAGGACUCUGUUGAGAAUGGGGGUCACAGGAAACUGUAAUAUAGGUUGAUCCCGGAGGAAGGGAAUAGGUUCUUCAAGUUCCUAGCAUCUCACAGGCCCCCAGAGAAGGACAGAGUUGGGGUGGUCCUGGCUUACAGGCUCUAAGAACUGGAAGCUGAUUACCCCACCGAGCUGUGCACUCUCUGUCUCUGUCUCUGUGUGUGCGCUCGUGCACACUUAUCACACAAAUGUUCAUGUGUGUGCACAUACAUGUGUUGAGACCAGAGGUCAACCUCAGGCACUGUUGCCUUGGUUUUCUGAGAGAGCAUUUCUCUCUGGAUCUGGAACUCGCCAAUUAGUGAGAGCCAGGAAGUCUGCUGAUUUUCACUGCCCAGCACUGGAGUUUACAAGUAUGCACUGUCAACCCAGGCCUUUUGUAUUCAUUCUGCAGCUAGAACUUGGGUGGGUCUUCAUGCUUGACAGGCAAGCAAUUUAUGGACUAAGCUGUUCCCUCGGCCCUCUCUUGACCCAUUUACCAGAAAGGGGGUUCCUUGAUCAAUGGCGAAGCCAGGCUGGUGUUCCCAAGAAAGCCUUGACUCUGGGUACAGUGACCUCAGUGGGGUGAGAGGAGUUCUCCCCCUAGCUGGGCUGGGGCCCAGCUCCACCCCCUCAGGCUAUUCAAUGGGGGUGCUUCCAGGAAGUCAGGGGCAGAUUUAGUCCAACCCGUUCCUCCAUAAAGGCCCUGACAUCCCAGGAGCCAGCAGAGGCAGGGCAGGAUGGAGCGGAGACGCAUCACCUCUGCGCGCCGCUCCUAUGCCUCCGAGACGGUGGUCAGGGGCCUCGGUCCUAGUCGACAACUGGGUACCAUGCCACGCUUCUCCUUGUCUCGAAUGACUCCUCCACUCCCUGCCAGGGUGGACUUCUCCCUGGCCGGGGCGCUCAAUGCUGGCUUCAAGGAGACACGGGCGAGCGAGCGUGCAGAGAUGAUGGAGCUCAAUGACCGCUUUGCUAGCUACAUCGAGAAGGUCCGCUUCCUGGAACAGCAAAACAAGGCGCUGGCAGCUGAACUGAACCAGCUUCGAGCCAAGGAGCCCACCAAACUGGCUGAUGUCUACCAGGCGGAGCUUCGGGAGCUGCGGCUGCGGCUGGACCAGCUUACGGCCAACAGUGCCCGGCUGGAGGUGGAGAGGGACAACUUUGCACAGGACCUCGGCACCCUGAGGCAGAAGCUCCAAGAUGAAACCAACCUGAGGCUGGAGGCAGAGAACAACCUGGCUGCGUAUAGACAGGAGGCAGAUGAAGCCACCCUGGCUCGUGUGGAUUUGGAGAGAAAGGUUGAAUCGCUGGAGGAGGAGAUCCAGUUCUUAAGGAAGAUCUAUGAGGAGGAAGUUCGAGAACUCCGGGAGCAGCUGGCCCAACAGCAGGUCCACGUGGAGAUGGAUGUGGCCAAGCCAGACCUCACAGCGGCCCUGAGAGAGAUUCGCACUCAAUACGAGGCAGUGGCCACCAGUAACAUGCAAGAGACAGAGGAGUGGUAUCGGUCUAAGUUUGCAGACCUCACAGACGCUGCGUCCCGCAACGCAGAGCUGCUCCGCCAAGCCAAGCACGAAGCUAACGACUAUCGCCGCCAACUGCAGGCCUUGACCUGCGAUCUGGAGUCCCUGCGCGGCACGAACGAGUCCCUAGAGCGGCAAAUGCGCGAACAGGAAGAGCGCCAUGCGCGGGAGUCGGCCAGUUACCAGGAGGCACUUGCUCGGCUGGAGGAGGAGGGCCAAAGCCUCAAGGAGGAGAUGGCCCGCCACCUGCAGGAGUACCAGGAUCUACUCAACGUUAAGCUAGCCCUGGACAUCGAGAUCGCCACCUACAGGAAAUUGCUGGAGGGCGAAGAAAACCGCAUCACCAUUCCUGUACAGACUUUCUCCAACCUCCAGAUCCGAGGGGGCAAAAGCACCAAAGAAGGGGAAGGCCAAAAAGUCACAAGACCUCUCAAAAGGCUCACAAUACAAGUUGUCCCAAUACAGGCUCACCAGAUUGAAAAUGGAGCCCUGCCAGCUGCAGAAACCAGCCUGGACACCAAAUCCGUGUCAGAAGGCCACCUCAAGAGGAACAUCGUGGUAAAGACUGUGGAGAUGCGGGAUGGUGAGGUCAUUAAGGACUCGAAGCAGGAGCACAAGGACGUGGUGAUGUGAGGUGUGCCCACCUGGUGGCCCUUGCCAUGCAGUGUGAGGGCCCAAAGCUUAUCCUCAAAUAGUCCUGUUUGCCAGGCUCAGUUCCCACCCACACCAGCACUUCCCUUCCUUCUGGUUUUCUGCCUGUGUGCUGCCCAAGGCUCAAUCAGUGCUAAGCUUCAUAGAUGGCAUAUACCCUUCACCUUCAACUAACAGGAUACUCACCCCAAAGGCGCAGUCAGGAGGGGAGGGAACCCCAGCUGGGUUAGAAUUGGAAGGGAAGAGGAAAGAUGAGCAGAGUAGAGAGAUUUAACAAAUCACUUCCUUCAUCCUUGUUGUUAUGGAAACCGUUGCCAGAGCUGGAAGUUUCCACAGGCUGCUGGAGCUAGACAACAAUUCAGACAGAAAGGGAAAGUCCCUGAGGCAAAGUCUCUCUAGCCAGAGACCUAUGCAUCCCGAAUGGCCACUAAGGCAGUCCUGAAGGGCCCUCCAGGGUGAUGACUCCAGUGUGUCAGCCCCACUGAGCAGCUAUGCAGGUUGACUGCCCACAGGCAUGUGGAAACUUGGUUCUCAGCACUUGGCAGGAUCUAUGGCAUAAGUGGAGAGGGAAGGUGUACUGGACGGCGGAGAGGAGGGCUCCCUGGCCCCUAAGUGUGGAUGCAGAGAGGUGGAGCCCAGGAAGGGUCUCUGCUUAGGCUGCAGGGGUGCCAAUGGCAGAGGCACUGGUAGAGAUCAUUUGGACACUGGAGUUGAAAGUUACAGGCAAUCUGUUACACUUGGCUCUGAAUCCUAUGAAUCAAGGAAAUAACCCGUUCUCUGGAAGACACUGAAACAGGAGAGAGGGACUUCCGUCCACUGGGCAGGGUACAGAUGUGUCUCAGUUGUGAAGGUCUAUUCCUGGCUGCACAGUCCCCAUCCGCUCAGUCAUCUUACCCUGUGACUGCUCUCAGCCCUGAAGAAUCCACAACCAUCCUUCCAAGGUUCUCCAUCCCCACAAUGACUAGCUGUUGCUCUCCAAGCUAAGGGACCAUUCCCUGUCUUAUGCAUAUACGUAAUGUCACCUAUUUAGGUAUCAUCCUAUUUGAGAGUUUGAGGAACUGAAACGUGUUGUGUUCAAGCAGCCUGGUGGCUAGUGCCUUCAUAUUAGAGCACCUUCUCUGAGGCUGAUUGGUGGGCAGGUAGGGAAGACAUUGAGCAGACAGUGUCCGCUCAGUUGUCCUUCCCUCCCUUCCAAGGUCCCUCCCUCUUUCCAGGACAUCGCCCCCCCACCCCACCCCUCCUUUCCACCUCCGCUAACCUCCAGAGCAGUACUGUCACCUUUACUCACUGGGCAGAAAUAAAGACAUGUGCCAUAGACUUCCA